CUCCCAUCCAGCGCCCAGUGGGUCCUUGUCUCUCUCCAGGCAGGAGCUCUGAUUCUGAUUCCCACUCCCACCCACCAGCCUUCUUCCUCUGAACCAUCCCAGGAGCCACAGAGCCGUCCCUCCCAGGAAGAUGCAGGUGCUCGUGGUGCUGCUGGCUGCAGGGGGCACCUGCCUGGGCCUGCUGGCAGCAGCUGCAGCAGCCAUCAACCCUGGCCGACCCAACACCCCCAGCUCGCUGCCCAUUCACCGGCGCCAGAAGAGAGACUGGAUCUGGAACCAGAUGCACAUCGAUGAAGAGAAAAACGGCUCACUGCCCCACUAUGUGGGCAAGAUUAAAUCAAGCGUGAACCGCAAGAACACCAAGUACCAGCUCAAAGGAGAGUCUGCCGGCAAGGUCUUCCAGGUUGAUGAGAGCACAGGGGACGUGUACGCCUUUGAGAGGCUGGACAGGGAGAAGCUCUCUGAGUACCACCUCGUCGCCCUCGUGGUAGACAAGGACACUGAGAAGAACCUGGAGUCUCCUUCCAGCUUCACCAUCAAAGUUCACGAUAUCAACGACAACUGGCCUGUGUUCACGCACCGGGUGUUCAAUGCCUCCGUGCCCGAGAUGUCAGGGAUAGGGACCUCGGUCAUCCAGGUGACAGCAGUGGAUGCAGAUGACCCCACUGUGGCAGACCACGCCUCUGUCAUGUACCAACUCCUGAAGGGAGAAGAACAUUUCAGCAUCCGUGGUUCUGGACUAAUUGUCACAGCGAACAAAAACCUGGACCGAGAGAAGCAGGCCAAGUACGAGAUCGUGGUGGAAGCACGAGAUGCCCAGGGCCUCCGGGGGGAAUCGGGCACGGCCACUGUGCUGAUCUCUCUGCAGGACGUCAACGACAACUUCCCCAUCUUCACACAGUCCAGGUACAUAUUUUCUGUGCCCGAAGACAUCCGUGUGGGCAGCCCCCUGGGCUCUCUGUUUGUGGAGGACCCAGACGAGCCCCAGAACCGGAAGACAAAGUACAGCAUCGUGCAGGGCGAGUACAGGGACACCUUCACCAUCGAGCCUGACCCCACCCGCAACGAGGGCAUCAUCAAGCCCAUGAAGCCCCUGGACUAUGAACACAUCCGGCAAUACAGCUUCACCAUCGAGGCCACGGACCCCACCAUCGACCUCCGCUACCUGAGCAGCACCUCCACCAAGAACAUCGCCCGUGUCAUCAUCAACGUCACAGAUGUGGACGAGCCCCCCAGCUUCCAGCAGCCCUUUUACCACUUCCAGCUGUGGGAGAACCAGAAGAAACCUCUGAUCGGCUCAGUGCUGGCCGUGGACCCCGAUGCCGCUAAGCGGAGCAUCAGAUACUCCAUCCGCAGGACAAGUGACAAGGGCCAGUUCUUCGGAAUAACCAAGCAGGGGAAUAUUUACAAUGAGAAGGAGCUGGACAGAGAAGUCUACCCCUGGUGUAACCUGACAGUGGAGGCCAAAGAGCUGGAUUCUGGUGGGACCCCCACGGGCAAAGAAUCCAUUGUGCAGGUCCACAUCGAAGUUAUGGAUGAGAACGACAAUGCCCCAGAGUUUGCCAAGCCCUACGAGCCCAAAGUGUGUGAGAACGCUGCCCAGGGCAAGCUGGUCGUGCAAAUCUCGGCAAUAGACAAGGAUAUAACGCCACGAGAUGUGAAGUUCAAGUUUUCCCUGAGCACUGAGGACAGCAACUUCACCCUCACGGAUAAUCACGAUAACACGGCCAACAUCACAGUCAAGUAUGGGUAUUUUGACCGAGAGCGCGCCAAGGUCCACCACCUGCCCGUGCUCAUCUCGGACAACGGGAGGCCAAGCCUCACAGGCACCAGCAUGCUGGAUGUGACCGUGUGCAAGUGCAACGAACGCGGCGAGUUCACCUUGUGUGAGGAGGUGGCCGCCCAGGUGGGCGUCAGCAUCCAGGCGCUGGUAGCUAUCUUCCUCUGCAUCCUCACCAUCACAGUGAUCACCCUCCUCAUCAUCCUGCGGCGGCGGCUCCGGAAGCAGGCCCGCGCCCACGGCAAGAGCGUGCCGGAGAUCCACGAGCAGCUGGUCACCUACGACGAGGAGGGCGGCGGCGAGAUGGACACCACCAGCUACGACGUGUCGGUGCUCAACUCGGUGCGCCACAGUGGGACCAAGCCCCCGCGGCCGGCGCUGGACACGCGGCCGUCCCUCUACGCACAGGUGCAGAAGCCGCCGCGGCACGCGCCCGGGGCGCACGGGCCCGGGGAGAUGGCCGCGAUGAUCGAGGUGAAGAAGGACGAGGCGGACCACGACGGCGGCGGCCCACCCUACGACACGCUGCACAUCUACGGCUACGAGGGCGCUGAGUCCAUCGCCGAGUCCCUCAGCUCCCUGGGCACCGAUUCAUCUGACUCGGACAUCGAUUAUGACUUUCUCAAUGACUGGGGGCCCAGGUUCAAGAUGCUGGCCGAGCUGUAUGGCUCGGACCCCCGGGAGGAGCUGGUGUAUUAGGGGACCGCGGGCCUCUGGGCCUGGGGACCCAAACCACUGCAGCUCAGGCUAGUCGGACACGAGCACUGAGCCCUCCAAUCGUAGCACUCAUGUCCCAGCCUAACAGCCCUUCCUCAUGGGUCCCAGAGACCUCACCACCUUGGAUGGCAAAAUCCAAGUCCCUGAAACAUCCAGGAACAUAUUUCAGUGAUGGUUACUCCCAAAACACUGGAAAACACCAGGCUGGUGUUCUGUCUGGGCUGAGACAUCCACAUAACCCUGUCACCUGCGACUACGGGUCCAACUCAAAGACUUUCUCUGGCUUCUCAAAGCAGAUUAUGCUCAACUGCCAGGGGGAGGUCUUCCCCUGAGGUCCCUGAACCCCUGGGGGGGGGGUCCUGGUGCCUGCCACCUGGAGGCAAGGGGCUGGAUGGCAUGACUGUGGGGCCAGACUCUCUGUAGCCCAGUCCCACAGGAGACUGGGACCGCCCACCAGGCCUGCCCUGCUUUAGCUUCCUCACACCCUCCCAAGAACCCCAGCAUUCCGCAGCCUCUCCCCAGGCCUGUCAAAAGGGAGGAAGGGCCUCUUGACAUCCCCCGACCCUGGGUCUUGAGGUGACCUCUCUGGCCUGCCAUGCCUGUAACUAUGCUGUACUGUGUACUGAAAAUUCAUCCAAGGUCAGGGAAAUGGCUCGUUGAACUUUAAAGCAACUGUGAAUUCAUCCUGGAGGGACAGUGGAGACCAAACGAGACCACAGAUCAUAGGGUGAGGGCCACCUCCGCACCCACUCCCUCCAGAGAGGGCCAGGAGUCGCUGUGACCCCAAUUUGAGACUCAUGACACCCCUCCAGUUUUGCCUGGGAAGCAGGGCAGAUGUUCCCGGAGCAGACCUCUCCCCGCCUCGCCCGGUCACUCAUUCAUGCUGUCUCUUUCUUUUUUCUUUCUCUCCAUCUACUCUUGAUCUCUUGACUUAGAGGCACUUAAGGUGUGACCCACAUCAACUCUGGCCAAAGUCCAAACCCAAACAUGACUGCGCAACACAGCUGUGCCACUUGCCUUCACACCUCGUUGUUGCCACAUCUCAGGGAACGCCAGCAGGGCCCCAUCCCUACAGAAGGCAAGGCCCCUGCUCAGGCCCAGUGGUCACCUGUUCCUCUUCCCCUUUCAGCCACGUAUGGAACUUUCCACUGCAAACACACCUUGGGGAAGUGGCAUCACUCGAUGGGGGUGCGGGGAAGAAGGCAAACUCUCUGACUCACCAUGUGUCAUGGACCAAGGUUCCUGCUCUGGGCAAGGCCCCUCAAUUCAGGGGAUUGUAGAUAACACUGACUUUUUAUUUUUAACCAAUAACGAGUUUUUCUUUCUUUUUUUUUUUUUUUUACUAAUAAUACUUAUACAUUUCUAGCUCUCACAAACAUAUAGAAUAAGGGUUUUUGCAUAAUAAGCAGGUUGCUAUUUAGGUUAACAAUUUUAAUUCAGGGUUUUUAGUUGGAUAAACAAAUUCCUGUAACCUUCUAUUUCCUAUCAUUGUAGUAAGUGCUCUAGUGAUAAUGACUAUAUAUAUAUUGGCUACACUGGUGCAUGGGACAUACUGUAUUUUUUUAUAACUAAAUAAAGAAAAAUCUUGAAAUA